GAAAAAAAUGUGUAAACACAAGAAUAAAUCAGAAUUUUUUUUUGUUUUGUUUACCAAAGAUCGAUGUUUCUAAUAACUCAUGAUGGAUCCAUCAUUGUCCAACUAUAAAGUACCAUCAUGGGCUGGAAUUCCACCACCUGGCCAUCAUUUGGAUGUUAUGAAAGAUGGAAAAUUGGUUCAGAAACUCAUGAUUGAUGAAAAAAAUCAUUAUUUAUUUGGCCGAAAUUUAUCCAUGACAGAUUUCUGUAUUGAUCAUGCUUCAUGUUCACGUGUUCAUGCUGCUUUAGUUUAUCAUAAAAAUUUGGAACGUUUUUUUCUAGUCGAUCUUGGCUCAACACAUGGCUCAUUUAUUGGUUCAAUUCGAAUCGAAGCAAAUAGUCCAACACAACUUCCCAUUGAUUCUUGUUUUCAUUUUGGUGCAUCGACAAGAAAUUAUGUUCUACGUGAAAAGCCUAAAAAACAACAAAUGAAAGGCGAUGAAGAUGAAACACAGAUAUCAUUACCGGAUUGUGAAAAUGAAAUCGAUCAUCUGACCGAAUAUAAUACGGCACAAAAUCGUCGUGUCAGUAUGUUAGGUGUAUCUGAAACUGAUGAUAUGAAACCAGCUAAAGCUAAAAAACGUAAAUCAGUUCAAUUUUAUGGUGAUGAUGAAAUAAUCAAUCCUGAAGAUGUUGAUCCAAAUGUUGGAAAAUUUCGUAAUCUAGUACAAACAUCGAUUAUACCAUCCAAUAAUAGUGGCAUUAAACGAAUGAAAAUACAAAAUUCAUCAUCAUCAUCAUCAUUAUAUUCUAAUUUAUUUAAAGAAUCAUUUUUUCAUCGAAUCAAUACAUCUGAUCAGCCAAGUACUUCGGUUGCUACUUCAUCAUCAUCAUCACAUACAUUGUUGCAAAAAAAUUGUUCAUUAGGCAUACAAUUACCGAAUCCAGCACCAGAUAUCGAUAAUGACGACAACGACGACAAUGAUGAUGAUAACAACGUUGAUAAACUAAUUGGACCUAUUCCGGCAGUACCAACAAAAUCAAAAUCAUCUGUCCAUUCUGAAUCGACAAUUUCAUUGUAUGAUGUUGAAGAAGAUUUUAUCGAUGAAAAAGAAAAGAAAAAGAAAUAUGCAAAAGAAGCAUGGCCAGGACAUGAAAAAACUACAUCAUUGACUAAUUUUUGAUUCCAAAGCAAAAGAAAAAAAAGAAAGAAGAAUUGUGAAUAAAAUUUAAAUUUUCUCGAAAAACUUUACGGAAAUUUUUUUUAAGAACAAAAAAAGUUUCCAAGAAAAGGAUGAGCACGCAAGCGUGUUUAUCCGUGUGUGUGUGUGAUAUUUUUUUCGAUAUCCACAGACAAAGAGAGCCAUCGACUCACACAUUUCACUCAACGUCGUAAUCGUUGUCGAUGUUUUUUUGUUUGUUUGUUUCAGUGUUGGCAAACGCGUUUUUUUGCUCUGUACUACAACAAUUUUUUAGAACAUUCUUUUUUUGGAACUAGUUCCAAAUUGUUUUGUUGGCCAAAAAAAU